AUGAACGUCAGUCUCCAAAAAUAUCAAGCCAGAUACCUGUACGCCGUGCCCGAAGGUCUUCGCGAACUCAUGGCUGACAUCUCCAGGGAAGUACUGCGUUCACAGCCUCAAGAUCUGCACACCUUCAUAGCUGAUUACCUCGACGCUCUAAUCAUCACCAGAGAGAACGCUAGGGUAGCCUCCAGGGUAGUUCAAAGCUUGACCGACACCGCUCAAGCAGCGGCCGCCUUUUUCGUCGAAACGGGUCUCGGCAAACACCAAGUGGACCUCCUGGUGCAAGCCAUGAAGAAGAGUUUUGCAAAACGUGUCUGCGAUACCAGUCAAGAAGUGGAGGAAGCUAACGUGGUGUCUGAGGUUAUCAACGAAGCCAAGAUCGAACCAGAGGAAGCGGAAACUGCCGCCCUAGUUAUCCAACAGGCGUACAGGAGGUAUAAGGAGAAAGUAGUCAAGGAGAGAGAAUUGCUGGAAGGUGUAAUCGAUUGGAGGGUCGCUGCUAGGAGCGCGAUUAGGUUGUACCGGAGGACGGGGGUAACCAACGAAGAAGCAAAUAGAGCCGCUACUAUGAUAAAAGCAGCUUACAAAGGGUAUUACACCAGGAAAGCGUUGAAGAAGAUGUCCGUGUUGAGCGUGGCCGAGAGCGGAUCGAGCGUGGGUCGUACUACAUUAGGAGACGAGAGGAAAGUAACGAUAAACUAUGACACCGUUAUUCAGCACGUCGAUUUUGACGUAGCGGAAAUGGAAGACUCCCGUGAUGAUUUUACUGCGGAAAGUAGGUUGAGUUAG